CAACAAUCGGUAAAAGAAAAUAAACACGUUCACUUGCUACGCUCUCAUUAUUGUUAUUGUCAAAUACAAAUUAAAAUGGAAAUUGUUCUACUUGCAGCACUUGCUGUAAUUAUUCUAGUUUUAAUCGUUGGAUUGACUAUAUUUUCCCGUAAAGGAUCUAAAAAAUUAAAGACCGAACCACCGGCACAAGCAGCUCAGGGUCAACGAGUUCGUCGAGUCGCAGGCGUCAGGAAUGCUCGUCAACGAAUCCGAAACGAUGCCCAGCCACAAGUCAAUCAAGAACAACAAAAUAGAUCCGACGACGAGGAGAAUCAGGAGACCGACGAGAAACCCGAUAUUCCCGAGGGUAAAAUAGGCGCGAAGAAAAAAGCAAAACUCGAGGCGAAAGCGGAGAAGAAAGCCCAGAGGGAAGUUUUAGAACGUGAACGCGAUGAUCGUAAGAAACGAGAGCAAUUAUUGCAGGAAGAACGCGAUAAGCAAACGGAAAAGGAGCGCGAGGAGGAGAAGAGAAAAGAGGAAGCAGAGAAAAAGGCGAGAGAGGAAAAGGAGAGACAGGAGUACGAGGAAUAUUUGAAAAUGAAAGAGGCUUUUAGCGUUGAGGAGGAAGGAUUCGAGGAAAAGGACGACGAUGAGGAGAGAAAUUUAUUACAGGAUUUUAUUAAUUAUAUAAAGCAAAAUAAAGUUGUUAUCCUGGAGGAUCUCGCUGGUCAUUUCUCGCUAAAAACAGCGAGUGCUAUUGAAAGGAUUCAAAAUCUUCAAGCCGAUGGCACUUUAACUGGAGUUAUUGACGAUCGGGGGAAAUUCAUUUAUAUUUCGCAGGAAGAACUUGAAGCUGUUGCGAAAUUUGUUCGACAACGAGGUAGAGUUAGUAUAACCGAAUUAGCAGAACAUUCUAAUAAAUUAAUUAAUUUAAAUCCAUGCAAUACGGUAGAAGCUCAAUAAAGAAAUUAUUUUAUAGCGAAAA